UGCUUGUGGAGCUUAUUUAUUAUUCUAUUUUUGAAGAUCUGCAUCAUCCCGAGGAGCGCAUGUGAUGCGCGGAAUCUAGCGCGAGAAUGAGGGCCCCCACCGCGUCCAAUGUGAAAGUCUCCCCGAGGCGAGUGAUGCAGCUGGCCGGAGGCGCUGGGGCAUCCCAUCGGGAAGCGGCCGACCCGCCAUCGGCACUCGCCGGCAGCACAAAGCACCAGGACGGCUGCCGAAGAGCAGCUGCGGCCAGGCGGAGGCGGAGGCUGGCAGCUCGCGAGGCUGCGGCCUGCCCUCCCGGCCCGGCCGGGCGCUCCACCGCCUGGAGGCCAGUGUCCGCCAGAUGACCGAGGGAAGGCAGCAACAAAUCGGGCCAGACACCGACGCAGGCGCUCGGUGGGUCGGGCGGGGUCGCGAGCAGAUCGAGCGCCCGUUCACCGGCGCACAAGGCCAAUGCAUCGCGCACACGCCCGAGCCACACCAUCAGCACCCCGACACAGGGAUCAUCCCCAGGAGCGGGGCCCUGGCCGGCACGCGAUCCCAGCAGGAUUACUCGAAGGUGGGCAUCCAGGGCCGUGGCCAUCUCAUUGAGACGGUGGCCGAAGUCCCGCAGCGCCGCAUCCACCGCGGGCAAUCCCGCAAAGAGGCUUGUUCCCGGGGGGGAAACGGGGCCAGCCUGGUCCCGGGCCCGGCGGAGAUCCCCCACAGCCGCCACCCAAAAUUGCUGCUCGAGGCUGACACCCAGCGCGGCGUGGGUCGCCAUGGGCUGGAUGGCCGGGGCAUGUGCCAGCAAGCGGGCCGCGCUGGCCCCGAUCGCCAGGAAACCGGCCACAGCCAGGCUCAAUAACACACUCACAAGACGUGUGCCGGGCCUCAUAACUCCAUCGGGCAAGGCGGGAGCAACACAGGGAGGCGAGGGAGGCGAGGGAGGCGAGGGAGGCGAGGGAGGGGGGGGAUGAAGGGCCAGAGGAAGAGGGAAAGGGCCAGGGGGGGUAGGGGGGAGGCAAGAG